GUGUACAAGUAAAUCGCGACUGACAUUUAAAAUUUAUGCAUGUUAUCAUUUUCGUGAAUUUGUUAGAGUAGUUUUAACAAUAUAUCGUGUCUAAUGUACUCAAGCUAACUAACAAUAGUCGUGGCGGACCGUAAAAACCCAAUUUUGCAUUUCAUGGAGUAAUAUUGCUGAGAUUACGUGUUAGUGACCUCGUCGCCUCAAGUCGAAGGACUGUCGUGCAAUUUGUUUAGGUAUGUCGGUUUGGUCGGCCAGUACGGCUGGGAAUAAUUACAACAACGUACACCCGGCCGGUCGUUUCGGCCAUUCCAAUACCUGGUGUCCAAAACUGAGCAAGUUCAAUUGACAGACCUUUGCAAAGCCUUAUAAAUUGGUUUUGUGGUACACUGAGGCUGGAGAUACAAUACAACUGUUCCUAUAUAGCAAACACACAAGUGCCUAAUGUCGGGCGAGACUCCCAUCCAGUCCGCCGAUGGGCUGCACACCCCGGCCUACCUGUCCUGGAGGAAGCUGCAACUCAGCAGGGCCAAGCUGAAAGCCUCCAGCAAAACCUCCGCCCUUUUAUCCGGAUUCGCCAUGGUAGCAAUGGUGGAGGUGCAACUGAACCCUCCGACGGCGUCAGCCGUGCCUCCCGCCAUGCUGGUGGCUUUCACGGUGUGCACCACGCUGCUGGUAGCGGUCCACAUGCUAGCCCUGAUGAUCAGCACGUGCAUCCUACCCAACAUAGAAGCAGUCGGCAACCUCCACAGCAUCUCCCUCGUCCACGAAUCCCCCCACGAGAGACUCCACUGGUACAUAGAAAUAGCCUGGGCCUUCUCCACUCUCCUCGGCCUAAUUCUCUUCCUCGUAGAAAUAGCCAUACUCUGCUGGGUCAAGUUCUACGACUUCAGCGCGACAGCGGCGUGGUCGGCCUGCGUCGUACUCAUACCAGUCAUGAUAGUAUUCCUAGCCUUCGCGGUGCACUUCUACAUGUCCCUAGCGACACACAAGUACGAGGUGACCAGAACAGGUAUAAAAGAACUCGAGUUGCUCAAAGAACAAAUAGAAAUGGGCGACCAUGACGCCCGCAUGAACAAUUUGACGCUCCUCGACCAGGGGAGAAUAGUGUGAUUGAAUCCUUAUCCAUUUUUGGAAUGUUAUUAUAUCGCCCCUUCCCUUUAUACAUCAUGUUUUUGUGUAAAUAAGUAUUAACGGUACUUAGUAAGAUUGUACUUAUGCUAGUGCCGGACGACUUGCACAAUUAAUGUUAUCGAUAAGCUAGUGUUCUCAGAAAAAUCCUAGGUAUUUAUAAGAGAACGUCUCUGAUAUUUUAAUCAAACUCGCGUUUAUAUUCAAGUCAUAGUAUGUUUAUUACUCGUUAUAUUGUGAGUCAUGACAGCCGAAUCUCCAUAGAUAUAUCCUAAAUCAUAAGGUUUUUCCCAUAGGUUUUCCCUUAUUUAUUGUAAGACGGAGCGGAGGGAAUAGAGAUUCCAGAGAGUUGAUACAUUAUUAUUAGGAAUAUCUCAAGAUAAAAUAUUUGGUACUUGGAUUUUUUUGAAAAAAGAACAACAUUUAAAACGAAAAGAUUGAGGACAUGUGUCAAAAUGCUGAAUUUGUAUCAGUACAGUGAAUUAUUAUUUAUUAGACAAGAUUUAUAUUAUAAUGGCUCAAGUAGAUCAGUUUAAUAUUAAUUGCAAGCACUGUCAGAAUUUGGGAGGUUGACUUAUUUGGUAAUUGAUUGGCUUGGAUCAGAGCGAAAUUGGAUGAAGUUAGCAAUGAAUAAUUUAUCCACAAUAUCAAAACACCCGACUUGAAAAUCGGCUUAUAACUUCAGAAAAGAUUACUUGUGUAAAACGCGAUGAAUUUUUAAACGACAACUGAUUGCUUUUAAGGGCUUAAGACGUAAUCUUACCUUUCCUUUAGAAUUCAAAAAUAAAUAUGAAUUUAACAUUGUAUACAUUGGACGUUUUGAAACCGUUAGAAAUUCUGAUUCUAAAAGUAAUUUGUGUCGAAUGUAAUCAUAUAGCAAACAGCUCAUUUCUAUGUUAGUUAUGUUCAGUUGUGAUACGAGGAAAACGCCAACCUGAAGUCAAUUACCUACUGAAAGAUAAGAAGGCAAUAAUAACUUACGACUGGGAGCUACUUAAUUCAAUAAUUAAUUCUGUGAUAUGAUAAAUGACAUUGUAAUAAAUCUGUCAAUGUAAUAAUUAGUAAAUGUAAGCAAUUUAUUGUCCCAAAACCAUGUAUAGACAAGUUUUAUAUAA